UAGAUAAGUAAAAAGUGAGCUCCUCGGACGCACGACAAGACACCAACUGAAGUGGAAAGCGGCUCCUGUUCUGUUCCUCAGACCAUUUCGGACGUUUGCGUCAAAAAAGGGUCCGGCUCCGGGAGCGCAGAGGGACUGAACCAAAACCAAGAAGUCAGAGUUCAGAAGAUAGUUGCGUCUUUGGCUUGUGUUUCGGCUACUGAUCCUCUCUUUUUUUUUUUUUUUUUGGUCCUUGCUUUUCUCUCUCCCUCUCUCUUUAUGUCAGCGAAUCGGUAUCAAACUUUGUAGCAGUCAUAGGAGAGGAGAGCUUUUUUUGUUUUUGUCAUCUCGAAGAGUAAAAAUCUGGCCAAACUGAUGACGGCAGAGGUCCAGCAGCCGUCCGCGCAGACCGCUGCGCAGAGCAGCCCCAUGUCUGCUCCGGAGAAGCCGCACGGACAGACGGUGGUGAUGGAGAGCGCGUCCUCCACCACCAAAACCAAGAAAACUAACGCGGGGAUCCGGCGACCAGAGAAGCCCCCGUACUCUUACAUAGCCCUGAUAGUCAUGGCUAUCCAGAGCUCUCCAACCAAGCGGCUGACGCUCAGUGAAAUAUACCAAUUCCUCCAGAGCCGCUUCCCGUUUUUCAGGGGUUCGUAUCAGGGAUGGAAGAACUCCGUGCGUCACAACUUGUCCCUCAACGAAUGCUUCAUCAAGCUGCCCAAAGGCCUCGGUCGGCCGGGGAAGGGCCACUACUGGACUAUCGACCCGGCCAGCGAGUUCAUGUUCGAGGAAGGCUCGUUCAGAAGGAGACCCAGGGGUUUCCGGCGCAAGUGCCAGGCUCUGAAGCCCAUGUACAGCAUGAUGAACGGCCUGGGCUUCAACCACAUCCCCGAGUCCUACAACUUCCAGGGCGGCGGCGGGGGCCUGUCCUGCCCGCCCAACAGCCUGUCCCUGGACAGCGGGAUUGGCAUGAUGAAUGGACACUUAGGUAACAUGGACGGGAUGGGGCUGUCCGGCCACUCCAUGUCACACUUGUCGACCAACAGUGGACAUUCCUAUAUGGGGAGCUGUACGGGAUCCACCGGGAGUGAUUAUCCUCACCACGACAAUUCCGCCUCCCCUCUGCUCACCAGCGGGGGAGUCAUGGAGCCUCACCCGGUCUACUCCAGCUCGGCCUCGGCGUGGGCCCCGGCGCCCUCGGCGUCGCUCAAUAACGGGGCCUCUUACAUCAAGCAGCAGCCGCUGUCUCCCUGUAAUGCAGGGAGCAACGCGCUGCAGCCCAGCCUGCCCACGCACUCGCUGGACCAGUCCUACCUGCACCAGAACGGACACGGCACCACGGAUCUACAAGGUAUUCCUCGGUACCAUUCCCAGUCCCCCAGCAUGUGCGACAGGAAGGAGUUUGUGUUCUCGUUCAACGCCAUGACGUCCUCAGCCAUGCACUCGCCGAGCAGCAGCUCCUACUACCACCACCAGCAGGUCUCCUACCAGGACAUCAAGCCCUGCGUGAUGUGACGGGGAUCCGUCCCGGGGUCUCCCUGAAACCACGAACUGAUUUCACAACAAAUGACCACUGAGACACACGAGGGCGUGAGGCAGCCCUGAAGAGCUGACCGGGACUACUCCUCUGUACUGUUUUACGCAGCGGCAAAAAGGCACGGAGACGGGACAGUCACGAAGCAACCGCAUUACGAUAAUAAUAUAUAGUACUUUAAAAAAACAAAAAAAAACUUUUUGUGCCAUGAUCAUCAUCAUCAUCAUUGACCAGCGGGAGUAAGAAAGCGGGCGUAAAGGAAACCAUUUGGUACUUAGUCCUGCAGAGCAGAUGACAACCACUUCACACUCGUGUACAUGUUUUUUUCAUGCUGUUAAAAAAGAAGCACAUUUUCAUUUCUCCGUUUAAAAGUUUUACAUUCAUUUAUAUCCUGAAAAAACGACAAAAAAAACUAACAAAAAAACAAAACAAAACAAAAAAAUAUAUAUAUCUUGUUCUUCUGUUGGACUGACUUUACCAACGUCGCUGAAAUGAAUAAUGGACAUUACGCAGGCCUGUAUACUGUACGUCCAUAUACUGUAUAGUUUGUAAAAAAUAAGAUGGCACUUUUUAGAUAGCCUGUAAGCGCAACUUUUUUUUUAAUUUAUUCCCUAGGCCUAUAUUUUAAUUUCAGGCGAAGUGGCCAAGGAGUUACAUGCUUUAUUGGCAAUAUUUGUCAGAGUUGUUUGUUUUAAAUUGAAAUUGAGAAUAUAUUGUAAGCACUGUGGCGUUUGUGUCAAAUGUAUAGACCAUUACCUUCAGCACUGUAUAUUUACUAUGUAUUGGUAGGGAAAUUAGCGAGGGUCCACCAGCGAGAGCUGACGUUUAGGUUAUGUUACAACAAAUCAUUUUUAAGAAAUAAAAUAUAUCUGCCGGGCUGUUUAGGCCCGUGAAUCCAUAAAAAAAAUGAGAUUUUAUUUGCCAAAUCUCUGGCAUUUUUUUUCUUACAGGUAAGAGAGUGGGUUGUUGAAAAUAAAUAAAAAAAUAAACGUAAAAAUAAAAAAGUAACUUCUAUGAACCAAUCUACCCCAUUGGCUAAAAGGAAUUGACAUUGAAUUUUAUUCUAACAAAAAUGACAUAUGUCUAUAUUACACACAUAUAAUUAGUCAGGUUUACUCGGAAGUCUGGUUUAAAGCUCAGUAUGGAUAGCUUUUGUGGUCCACCACAAAACUGUUACACCAAUGUCAUCGCUAUAUGUUGUAAUGUGCAGGCGUGAGAAUCUCUGAUAAAAUGGUAUUAGACUCUCUGCAAAACAUCGACUAAUUGGUAAAAUGCAGUGUUUGAAAGUUUUGCCUUAUCAUGGCCUCAAUGAGUCAAGUGUACAGCAAUUUCGACACAAAUCAAAUAUUUAACAUGCCAUUCUUGAUGAAUACCUCAGAAGAAUAUAAUAAAUGGUAAUUAUAAAAAUUAAGAAUUUGCUUGAGUGUUCAAGAAAAUACAAGCAACGUUCAAAUGUAUUUCUGAAAAAAAAUGCAUUAAGAAAAUCAGAAAAGCCCUGCUGUAAAACAAGUCACUAAAAUAAGAUGCCACAAUAUCACAAAGGACAAGAGUAAAUUAUUCUCAUUUUUUUUAGGUCCUUUAAUAUUUGUAAAUUAUAUCAGUCAAUUUUACCAAAGUUGAGGUGGUUAAGUAAUUUGAUUAUUUCAAAUGUGUGAAGCUAAAAACAGCAGGGAAUCUUAGAAAGAUGUGUACAUAAUCCCCCUACCAGACUAGUCCGAUGCACAGUUCUCAAAAUUCAGAUCAAUGAGUGGAAUCGGCCGCGAAGAUGUCUUAUUAAUCUUAUUUUGUAUUCAUGUACAUGUAUAUUUACAAAAGAACACACAUUCAAAAUGUU